AUGGAUGAUUGGACUUCUCUGGGUCCUCUGAUUGAGGUAGUAGGGGAGAGAGGACCAGUUGUUACUGGAUUGAGCAUUAACGCAAGGGUGGUAGAUGCAUUAACAAGUGAUGGGUGGUGUUUUGAGAGGAGUAGAAGUAGGAGUCCGUCCAUCAUGUUGCUCAGAGAUAGUAUGCCCGAUGCGCAACCAAUUUUGAAUUCAGAGGUUGAUGAUACUUAUGUUUGGGUCACUAGUGGUCAUAAUGGUUCAGAGACUUUCUCCACUAGCGAGACUUGGAAGAGACUGUUUCCGUGCAUGCUGGAAGUAUUCUGGCAUGAAGUGAUUUGGUUUUCAGGUCGUAUUCCGAAGCAUGCAUUCUUAUCUUGGGUGGCAGCAAGAGAUAGGAUGGUAACAAGAGAUAGACUCUUAAGAUGGGGAUUGUUAGUGCCGGCAACUUGUGUGCUGUGUGUUGGUCACAAUGAAGAUAGACAGCAUCUGUUCUUUGAUUGCAACUUCAGUAAACAGGUGUGGACUUUUUUCACAAGUAGAUUGCGGUUGGAUCCUCCAGUCUUGUUCGAAGAUGGUCUCAGAUGGCUAAAGAAUCCAGCGAGGGAGAAGAAUGUGAAGUUGAUUGUGAGGCUGCUUCAUCAGGCUUGUCUAUAUAUUAUCUGGAAGGAGAGAAAUUCAAGAAUACAUACCGAUGAAGCCCGAUCACCAGAAGCUAUUAUUGCUGAGGUUAAGCAAAUCAUUCGGUUACGCUUGGAUCCAUUAGCUCGGGCUCAAACGAUCGCUCAGGGAGAAGACUCAGUUUUGGCCACUUGGUUUACUUUUUUCUAG